CGCGGGCUCCCGCGGCCGGGCAGCCCCGCUCCCCCGGGGCACACGCGUGGGCAGGCGGGCGGGCACCCAGCGCCCCGGAGCCGGGCUCCCUCCGAGAGCUGGGGGCUGCGGCUGCGAGGUCACCCCCUGCAGCUGGCAGAGCAGUUUGUGGUGGCAGCGCGGCAGGAGGCUGUCCCACUCCUCUCCUGUUUGCCCUCGUUGCUUGGGAGAGUGUUUUAAAACAGGUUUCAGUGAAGCCGUAGGUGACAGGAUCGCGGUGUCACCGGGAGCUGCGCUCCGUUUUGUAACUAGCAGUGCUACUGUAGCGGGUUGUCAGCUGGGGAACAGCCGUGUUCGACCCUGAUCUUGGAUUCUGAACUUGAAGCAGUUCUUCAAGAUUAUAUGCUUCUUGAAACUUGGAAAGUAUCUGCAAUAAAUAGGACUGGCCAUGAGAAUUUGUAACAUUCCUUUGGAAAUACUGUGAUGGGGCCACAGAGAAGUUACCUUCCUGUGUACAGAGCCUAAUGAGCUGUGUGUGGGCCCUGUGCUUGGUGAUACCCCAUCUCAAGAUGCUGCUAAUACAGUAGUGAAUUAUUCCUAACUGAAGAAGUCUAGCAGAAGAAAAAGGAUCCAGGGAAAAACAAUGGCUGCCGCAGCUGAUGGUUUGGGAAGUAUAGCUAUAGAUACCACACAGCUUAACAUGUCAGUCACUGAUCCCACGGCUUGGGCUACAGCUAUGAAUAAUCUGGGGAUGGUUCCAGUAGGACUAGCAGGACAACAGCUUGUGACAGAUUCAAUCUGUGUACCAGGCUUUGAUCCAAGCCUUAGCAUGAUGACUGGAAUCACUCCAAUUAACCCAAUGAUACCAGGCAUGGGGUUAGUGCCACCACCACCACCAACAGAUGUGCCUGUAGUCAAAGAAAUAAUUCACUGCAAAAGCUGCACGCUCUUCCCUCCAAACCCAAAUCUUCCACCACCUUCAACAAGAGAGAGACCUCCUGGGUGUAAAACAGUGUUUGUUGGAGGAUUACCAGAAAAUGCAACGGAGGAAAUUAUUCAGGAAGUCUUUGAGCAGUGUGGAGAUAUAACAGCAAUUCGGAAAAGCAAGAAGAAUUUUUGUCACAUUCGUUUUGCAGAGGAGUUCAUGGUUGAUAAAGCCAUUUACCUUUCUGGUUACCGCAUGAGAUUAGGAUCUAGCACAGACAAAAAGGAUUCAGGUCGCCUUCAUGUUGAUUUUGCUCAGGCAAGAGAUGACUUUUAUGAAUGGGAAUGCAAACAAAGAAUGCUGGCCAGAGAAGAGCGCCACAGACGCAAAAUGGAAGAAGACAGGCUGCGCCCUCCUUCACCCCCGGCAAUAAUGCAUUAUUCUGAACACGAAGCUGCUUUGCUGGCUGAAAAAUUGAAAGACGACAGCAAGUUUUCCGAGGCCAUCGCGGUGCUGCUCACCUGGAUCGAGCGGGGCGAGGUGAACCGCCGCUCCGCCAACCAGUUCUACUCCAUGGUGCAGUCGGCCAACAGCCACGUGCGCCGGCUCAUGAACGAGAAGGCGGCGCACGAGCAGGAGAUGGAGCAAGCCAAGGAGAGCUUCAAAAACGCCCUAACGGGGAUCCUCACUCAAUUUGAGCAGAUUGUCGCCGUUUUCAACGCUUCUACCAGACAAAAAGCUUGGGACCAUUUCUCGAAAGCCCAGCGAAAGAACAUAGACAUUUGGCGAAAGCAUUCUGAGGAGCUCCGAAAUGCUCACAGUGAACAGCUCAUGGGAAUCCGCCGGGAAGAGGAGAUGGAAAUGUCCGAUGAUGACAGUGGUGACAAUCCCAGUAAAAAGCUGAGAGUAGAUGAUUCAGCUCUGGCCGCCCAGGCAUAUGCGCUAAAGGAGGAGAACGACAGCCUCCGGUGGCAGCUGGAUGCUUAUAGGAAUGAGGUGGAGCUCCUGAAGCAGGAGAAAGGACAGCUCUUUCGAACAGAAGAAAGCCUUACAAAGGACCAGCAGCUGCAGUUCCUACAGCAGACAAUGCAAGGCAUGCAGCAGCAAUUGCUGAGCAUACAGGAAGAAUUAAAUAACAAAAAAUCCGAACUGGAGCAAGCAAAGGAGGAGCAAACGCAUACACAAGCAAUGCUUAAAGUCCUGCAGGAACAGUUAAAAAGCGCCAAGGAAUUAGCAGAAAUCAAUGGGCAUGAUGAAUCUCAAGCAAAUGAAAUCAAUGUAUUGACAGUAGCAUUGGUCAACCAGGACAGAGAAAAAAACUCAGAAAAACGAAGCCCAGGUCUAAAAUCAGAGAAAGAGGCACUUUUAAUAGGUAUCAUAUCCACAUUUCUUCACGUCCACCCUUUUGGAGCCAAUAUAGAGUAUCUUUGGUCUUAUAUGCAGCAGUUGGACUCUAGGAUUUCUGCAAAUGAGAUAGAAAUGCUUUUGAUGAGACUGCCACGCAUGUUUAAACAAGAAUUCACUGGUGUAGGAGCAACACUGGAAAAGAGGUGGAAGUUUUGUGCCUUUGAAGGAAUUAAAACUGUCUGACUGUGACUAGUAAUGAAGCUAUGCAGAAGAAGAAGAAUUCCUAGAGCAUGGCAGGGUUAUAAAGUAUUAAAGUGAGAAGUUUGGGUUUGGGCACAUAGUAGUAUGUUUUCAAAGUUAUCCAAGCCUAUUUUAGUUACAUUUGUGACGUUCUCUUGUGAGUGGAAAUGUAGUUGUGCACCAGUUCCUAAAAUAAAAUAAAAUUUUUAAAAAAAGUUUCAAAAUGUGACAGAUUGUUUCCUAUGAAAACUGAAGAAAGAUACCACAGUCAUAAUGAUUUCAAAAUACUACAUGUCCUACAUCUAAGAAAAGCUCAUUGAGCAAACAGUUAAGGAGGAAGAUUGCCCAGUUAUGGUCGCUCAGCUACAGCAAUUUAUAUGUAAUAUGUAGUUGAACUCAUAAAGUUUUCUUAUAGGAACUUCUUUCUGUUUAGUAAGAGAAUUGAGUAAUUUUACAGUGAGGAAAAGCAUACCAAAAGAAAACUUGAAGAUGUGUCUGAAGUUAUUGUAUUUUGUAAAUUAAGUUAUAUGCUGUACCAGGGAUUUUUGCCUUAUUGAAAGAGGCCUGAAAAUGUGAUUGGAGUCCUCAAGAAUGCUUUAUCAAGAAUAUUAUUUUUCUAAUGUAACUAUUCUCCAUUACAAGUUCUUUUAACAUGGAUUGCUUAUCAAUUUUCAUAAACAUGUAAAUAAGGAGGAAACCAGUGUUACUGUAUUGUAUUUGGUAUGUAACAUUCAGGUUUAUGCAUCAAAAUAAAUAUUCAGUUGCAUUACUGUUACAAAUUUUAUAGCAGAUAUAUUAAUUUUUAUCAAUAAAUAUGACUUCUACCA